AUGGCACUGCGGAUUCAUCACCAUCUCUGCUGCUUCUCCUUUUCUUCAAGGCUUUUCUCUUCUUCCUCCGAUAUCUGCGGGCCUUCCGGUCUCAGGGCUCGGACCUUGACCAGAGAGUGCUCCCGAGGGGGGCUGAGGAUUCCGGCGCGUAGGAGACCUGCGCGCGGGAUGCCUACAUUCUGCCUUCCGGUGAUCUCGGCCUCCGCGCUCGAUCUCACUGAGGAGAACGUUCGUUUGGUGCUGGCCGAGGCUAAGACGGAGGCAAGUGCGAUUCGCCAAGAGAUGUCUCAUAUCAUUUUCCUCUUGAAUCUAAACUGCUGUCUCAUCUUCAUAUCCUUCCCUUUUGCAGCUCGCCCAGAUUUUUGACUCCUCCGUGGGGAUUACAGGUUUUUUUUCUUCUUCUUAUGAUCUAUUCUGUCUGAUAAUCGCGUUCAAAUUCGUUCAUAAGACUCGAGGGUUCGGAGAGCAACUCAGUGGUUCUCUGCCACUGAUCUAGUUAGUUUUCUAGGUUUCCGAAAUAAGCUUCUAAUGGAUCGCAUUCGUUUUUUUUUCUUUUUCUUUUGAGAUGCUAAAUCGAGAGGGAAACUGAAUUGUUCUUCGUAUCGGUUUGUCUGGGAAUAUGAAGGGGAAGUUGAUCUUGCCGAACUCGACGGCCCCUUUGUGAAGCUGAGAUUCAAGGGUCGCUUCUGGCACAAGAGAUCCACCGUGCUCGCCCGGCUUGACAACUACCUGAGGAAUAGGAUCCCUGUACAUUCCAGCGCCUCACCUUCAUCUCACCUCUCUCUCUCUCUCUCAGCCUUAUUCUUUUGCUCAUUCCUUCCCUUCUUGUUAACCAGGAGAUUUUGGAGGUGGACAUCGAAGAUGAGAAUCAGCUGGAUGACAGCCCCGCAAGUUUUUGA